UGGGCUAGAAAUCAAUAGGCCCAUGAACUGGUUUAUGAACUUUUAAACCUAGAAUCUGCAAUCGUAUUUCAAUAGCGGCUGCAGCAGGGAAGCAAACUUGUUGUUUCUGAUCUGUUAUCUUUGAAGUGUGAAAAUGUCUGUCGGCGAAACUGCUUGCUCAUACGCAUCUAUCAUCCUUCACGAUGAAGGAAUCGCCGUCACUGCCGACAAAAUCACCACUUUGUUGAAAACUGCCAAGGUUCAAGUCGAAUCUUACUGGCCUACCUUGUUUGCUAAACUUGCCGAGAAGAAAAAUCUUGGCGAUUUGAUUGCAAAUGCUGCAGGCGGUGGGGCACCAGCCGCUGUUGCAGCUGCCCCAGUUGCUGCCGCAGGUGGAGGUGCAGCUGCGGCCGCCCCUGCCGCUGAGGAGAAAAAGAAGGAAGAACCUGAAGAAGAGAGUGACGAUGAUAUGGGAUUCGGCUUGUUCGAUUAGGGACUUUUUCACUAUCAUCGUGUCAAUUUUUGUGGUUCUUUAACUGGUAGUUGAUGUUACAUAUAUUUUUGGUUUUCUUUUUUGUGCUAAUUAUUUAUGUAUACGACUUGAUUUUGUAGUACUACGAACUAAGGAAUGGAGUUUUAUGUUCAUUUGAGAAUUCUGAUCGGAGAAAUGUUUACCGUGACGUUUUUUUUUCUGCC